CAGCAGUUACGUUACUUGCUUAGCCACGAUAUCAAUACUCGACAUAUGUGGUUUUGAGCUGUUUUCAGGAAGUCUGUAGUUGUAAUGAGAAACCUUCGCAGGUCAGACAAGCCGGUUAUACUGAUAAUUAAUUUAUAACGGCUUAAGACCCUUGGUUUCCGCAUUUAGAAGUACACCUAGCCAUUUAGCUUGUAAGUAAACCAACGGUGACUCGCGCUUCAAAACCAACUGAGGGUGGAACUUGAGACUUCUUGUUGCAACUUGAGUACGAGCUGAUAGCUAGUUAGCCGGCUGACUUUAGCUGCAAAGCUUGGGGUAACGUGGCACGAACUUUAUUAUUAAAGAUGGAGGUAGCUGCCCUUAUAGCCCUUUCUUUAUUGAUCGGAGCCUUGAUUCUUCUGGUUGCCGUCGCAAUAAGCAAAAGGAAAGACGAAUUAUCUGAACAACUGGAACAGAAGGAAGGCUAUGGUGUGGAGGAGAACGUGGCGAAACCAGCACCAGUCAAAAAGCAGAAAGUCCAACAGCGUCCAAGGAAGGAGCGAAUCCAGCAACAUACCUUCACGCACCCACUUCUGGCCUCCUCUCUAAAAAGUCACAAUAGCAGUGUGACCUGUAUCGAUUUCAGCAGUAAUGGGAAGUACCUGGCCUCAUGUGCAGAUGACCGAACAGUUCGAAUAUGGAGCACCAAGGACUUUUUGGAACGAGACCAUCGCUGCUUGCGGGCCAAUGUAGAACUAGACCAUGCUACACUGGUCCGCUUCAGCCCAGACUCAAGAGCCUUCAUCACCUGGUUAGCAAAUGGAGACACCAUACGAAUUUUUAAAAUGACCAAAAAGGAAGAUGGAACCUUCAGUUUCAAAGCUAAUCCAGAAGACUUCCCCCAAAGGCACAAGGCAAACGUUAUCGAUAUCGGAAUAGCAGAAACAGGCAAAUUUAUCAUGAGUGCAUCGAGUGACACUACUAUUCUGGUGUGGGACCUUAAGGGAGAGGUGCUGGCCUCUAUAAACACCAACCAGAUGACCAACUCCUAUGCUGCUAUCUCACCUUGUGGAAGGUUUAUUGCUUCAUGCGGUUUCACCACUGAUGUUAAAGUGUGGGAGGUCUGCUUUGCAAAGAGUGGGGAGUUUAAAGAGGUGGUGCGAGCAUUUGACCUCAAAGGGCAUUCAGCAGGUGUCCACUCGUUUGCCUUUUCAAAUGACUCACGCAGAAUGGUAACCGUUUCGAAAGAUGGCACGUGGAAGCUGUGGGACACAGACGUGGAGUACAAGAAGCAGCAGGACCCGUACCUGCUCCGUACGGUCCCCUGCAAGUCCUCGGAGGGCAGCCGCAUUGCCCUGUCCCCGGACGGGCGAGCGGUAGGCCUGUCCAGCGGCUGCGAUAUCAUGAUGUACAACGCCGCCACCGGUGAACUGGAGGAGGAGUUCCUCGGCGCCCACGCCGCAGAGAUCACUAACCUGAAGUUUGACAUCAACGGGCGCUUCCUGGUCUCCACUGGCGACCGCGCCAUCCGAGUGUUCCACAACGCCACGGGAUAUCGCGCCGCAAUCCUGGACAUGCAGGCCAUGCUUAAAAAGGCCUCAAACGAGGGCAUGAAGCAGCGGCUGCAGCAGCAGAUUCAGGAGGCUCAGAGUGCACUGGACACUGUGCUCACUGCACGCAAGGACUGAACCGAUUGGCUGGGCUGUCAGGAAGUCUCCUCUUAGGGUCGCCCUCUCCUCUUCCUCCUCCUCCUCCUCCUCAUCCUCCAGCUCCUGCUCUGAGUCUGGUCUGGAGAUCUGGCUGCUGAUGAUCAUGUCUGGGAUCUGUGACAUUUGCAUGCUGGUUUUAUGCAGAAUAAAACAAGUGUUUGUAAGAA